UUUGAAUUUGAACUAGCCAUUGCAGGCCACAGAGAGAUUGCAAAUGGAAACGCCACCGUCAUCUUCCUGUCCUUCAACGCCUCGCUGGAACGUCGAUAGGCCCUUCCUCACUGGCCGUUUCCACCAGGAAACAAAAGGAACCUCGAGGCUUGCUGAUACAAGGGGACUCUCCUUGGAUCCGUUUAGGCAUGAACUCAUCAUCAACGAGCUCCUGUAUGCUUUAGUUGGAACUGAAGGACAAUAUAUUUCAAUCAAAAGAGUCCAUAGAAAGGAGGAUGACAUUACUUUCCAGGUUGAUGCUUCAACGGAUUUGGCACUCCAGGAUUACCGGGCCAUGGUAGCACAGCUUGAACACCAAUUUCGACUUGGAAGACUUUCCAUACAUGGAUUGUCGUUUUACUGUCAGCCCUUGAUGGCUUCCAUGCAAGCAUUAUCUGCUGUGGUAAAGAAGGCUUCAGCAAGUAAUUGUACAGGUUCUGCAGUCCUUAACCUCCUACAGAGCCAGUCUAAGGCCAUGGCUGGUGAUAGUGCAGUGAGAUCAUUGCUAGAGAAGAUGACACAAUGUGCAAGCAGUGCUUAUCUUGGCAUACUAGAGAGGUGGGUCUACAAAGGAGUCAUUGAUGAUCCUUAUGGUGAAUUUUUUAUUGCUGAGAACAAAUAUCUUCAUGAGGAGAGCCUUACACAGGACUAUGAUGCUAAGUACUGGAAGUCACGUUAUAGCCUUAAAGAAGGAAUUCCUAGCUUCUUUGCAAAUAUUGCUGGAACAAUAUUGACCACAAGAAAAUGCUUAAAUUUUAUGAGAGAAUGUGGGCACAAUGUUCAGGUCCCUUCCUCAGAAAAUUCCAAAUUGAUGAGCUUUGGCUCAAACAAUCAGUAUCUUGAAUGCAUAAAAGCAGCUUACAAUAUUGCAAGCAGUGAGCUCUUAAAUCUCAUUAAAAAAAAGUAUGAUCUAAUGGGAAAGCUGUGGUCUAUAAAGCACUAUCCUCUUCUUGAUCAGGAUGAUUUUUUGGUUCAUUUCACAGAUAUAGCUCAAGAUGAGCUUAACAAAAAGCUUGAUGAAAUUUAAGGGGAGAAGCUUCAGGUUGCACCAUAUAUUUUUUUACUAAAAUGAAAAAUUACCUGAAGAAAAGAUAUUCAUGCUUUGGAUUACAAAAUCUGAUGUAUUCUCUUUGACAAUAUAGUCUCUUUCAGACCUUGCUUUGCAUACCACAGCAGCUGCAGCAGAUCCUUGUCAUGAGGACUUGACAUGUUGUGUGAUCUUCUUUGCUUAAAACAUUGGGCACCCUGAAGGAUCUAGAAACAAGGGCUUUUUCUGAUAAUAAUUAUAUAGCAGAGCCAAUGAGCAUUACAGAACUUGAGACAUUUGCUUUGAGUUACAAGGUUCAAUGGCCAUUGUUUAUAGUUAUUUCAAGAAAAGCCCUAACAAAAUACCAAUUGAUUUUCCGCUUUCUUUUCCACUGUAAACAUGUGGACCGCCAGCUUUGUGGGGCUUGGCAAGUGCACCAAGUAUGGCCUAGAAGCUUAUUGAUGUAAAUUGAUAAAUUCUACCUGCCCUCUCUUGUGCUUGUAAUCCAAUCAAUAUAAUUUUGCAGGGAGUUCAUGCCCUUAACAUGCGGGGGGCUGCUGUCCCUAGAUCAGCUUUGCUUUGUCAUAGUAUGUUGAAAUU